GUGUAUAUAUAUAUGUGUGUUGUAUAAGUGGUGGACGCAUCAUUUAGCCGAUUUAGCGAAUCGCCAGCGAAAGUCGCCGUGUAUCUGUACGGUCGAGCCAAGCCGAUUCCGGUGAUUCUCCGUUCUUCGUUUCCCCGUGGAUAUUUCCCCCUCCCCCUCCCUCCCAUCCGAUCGUCGGCGGUCUUCAAUCUCGAGUCCCUCCGUUCGCGUUGUCGGGUCCUGGUUUCGUUCGAGUCGCUAUGAGCCAGUGACACCGCACUGGCCAGCGGCAUGCCGUCAUCGUCAUCAUCAUCAUCAUCCUCGUCGUCGUCGUUGUCGUCGUCGUCGUCAGCAUCGCCAUCGUCGAGAGACGACCACCAGUCCCGGCUGCUGAGCCCCGAGAUAUGCUCCCCGCGUCCGUGGCAGUGACCCAUCCCGACAAGAUUGUCGCCCUCGUCCGCGCCGAGUGAUCGCCGAACGAUGGAGAACCAGGACGAUCGGACGAUCAGAGCGAACGGAAACGAAGAUCCGCAGGCGAAGAUCAGCCGAUUGGAGUCGGAGAACGUUAAGAUGCGAGAGGAGUUCAAUGUACAAAGGGCCAAGAUGAAGGAGCUGUUCCUGCAGAAGGAAGAAGAAUUGAAGCGGAGGCUGGAGGAGAACGUGGGCCUGCAGAAGGAAAAUCUGAGACUGAAGAACGAGCUGGACGAGGCUAAGAGCCAACUAGUCGUCGCGGAUCUUAAGAUACAAAACGAUAUGAUGAUAGAGAAGCGAAAGGCUCAGGAGGAGAUAGCGUCUUUGCAGCAGGUUAUACACGAAACGGUGGAGGAGUCCUCCUGUUCGCGGAAGCAGCUCGUCGGUGAGGUGUCGAAAUUGCAGUUUGCCCUUGCCAAGCUUCAGGAAGAGAACGCACUGCUGAAGACGCAAUUGCCGCGCGAUCCACCGGCGGACGGGCCGCAAAUCUCGUUGUCUACAGUAACUAAGACACUAGCUAGAAAAGUAGUUUCGCAAUUAGGCGCGGACUCCCUGUCUCUGGGGCCUGACAAUUUAGAAGAAAGCAUGCGGAAGGUAAAAAAAUAUGCGCAGGAAGACGCGGAAGUUCUACGUUCGUUGGUUGUGCCGCUCGAGGAGGAGAUAAAAGCUUUAAAAGAGAAACUACGGUCGACCGACGACGAGUUACAAAAGUGUAAAGAAGUUCUAUUAAAGAGGCGGCAGCAGGAACCUGGUUCCUUCGAGCCGUCGUGUGAUAUGUGCGCGAACUACGAAGCACAAUUAGUCAAAGUAGAAGCGACUGCCAAGGAUUUGGAGAGGCAGCUGUUGGACUCGCAACGUAUGCUGCAAGCUCAAAAGGAGGAUCUAGCUAAGGAAGUUGAGUUUCGGAAGGAGAUGGAGGAGAAGUGGAAUGAGAAGAAGGAGGAGCAUAAAAUCAAAGUUGCGGAGCUCACCGUCACCUCGCAGACGGCGCAGCAAAAUUUGUUAGAAUUAAAGAAGACCUUCGAACAAAUUCAGAGGAGCGUGUCGGAGGAACUUUGUAAAUUGACACGAGGCAGAGAGGAAGUGCAGAGACAUCUCACCGCACUUCAGAUGGAAAAUGAAAAUCUUGUGGGUAAACAUAGUAAACAUUCGCAACAACUUCAAAGUGAAAGCAUCAACAUGCCAAAUACUGUUGAGGAAUUGCAUAUGAGCCUUUUAAAGAUGCGCGAGGAUUUAAUUACGGCCAAAGUAGCUCAAGAGGUUGCGCAGGAGAAGGAAGAAACGCUGCGAUACGAAGUUACUUUACUGAGAGAACAAAUGGAGCAGGAGAAUAGAGUCAAAGAACAGGAUAAUGCGGUAUUAAAGAAUGAGAUAAGCGGGUUGAGAGCGCAAUUAGAUAAAUACGCAAGAGAUCAUCGUACACUCGCUGACAGAGAGGAGAAACUCGACCGGUUGGAAAAGCAGCUGCAGGAAAUCCAAAAAGAGAAGAAGGAUGCGGACUCAGCUAUAACUGAACUACGGCAAAGAGUUAUGAGUCUACAGCAGGAAUUGGACACCAGUGAGGCGGUGCAGAAAGACUUCGUUAGAUUAUCACAAUCAUUACAGGUGCAACUGGAAAGGAUUAGGCAGGCAGGUAGUGAAGUGAGAUGGCAACACGAAGAGGACGUCGAGGAAUGUCCGAGUUGUCAUACCACGUUCUCAGUUACGAAGAAGAAGGUACAUUGUCGUCACUGUGGCCAUAUAUUUUGUCAAUCUUGCCUCUCGCACGUUGUGAACAGCGGGCCGAAACAAAGACCAUCCAGAGUCUGUGAUGUUUGUCAUACUUUAUUAGUGCAAGAUACCGCACCAUACUUCAGCCAAGAGCCUCCACAUACACCUGAUUAAAUGUUCUAAAAGUCACGGGAUUCUAACACGGUUUUAAUGAGAUGUGCAAUAUCCGGUCCGCGGUGACAUGCUGAUUAUAGUUUGUACGUCUCGAGUUGUACCGGUCAUUAAGGUGACUAAUCGAUGACUCUCUUUUGUUUUGUAGAAAGAGAGAAAGUUAGAAAUGUUGAUAGCAUAAAAAAUGGGAUAGAUAAGAUUCCUAUUACCUGAAAAAAAAAAAACCGGAGUGAUACAACAAAUAUCGUGUAAAUAAUAAAGUUAUGUACUACCUAAUGGUUACUGUAAUUUAAACAGAUUAAAGCUUUUGAAUGUAUAUGAGUUAUUCAGAAGAACACCGUGAGUAUUUAUAUAUUACAUUAUCUUGUCUUUAUUUAAUUACGGAUCUCUCAAAUGUUUAAUUGAGAAUUUUUUAAAUUUACGGCUGUGCUCGGCGAGCGCGCUAUUGUGUCAUUUUCAUCCUUAGCGUUCUUUAGACGUAAAACAAGGACAAAAUGACGUAAUAGUGCUGACAAUAUAUUUCUCCGAACGUAGCCCACGCAAGAGAAACAUUUAAGUCUUUUUGAUAGAACAUUUUUUUUUGUUUACUUAAUUUUGUUUCUGUAUAUCUUUCUUUUAAUGUAAAAAGAAAACAAUUGAAUGCUUUUAUUAAUUGUUGAUCAAACUGAGUAGAAUGUAUAUUUAAUUUGUUAUCUUGUGACUGCUAGCUCUAAUGCAUUCAAUAAUGUAAAUGACAAUACAAGAGCAAUAAGAACUUGAGGUGCAGUUGAUGACAUGUGAUCUAUUUAAAUUUCCAAAGAUUAAUUUGAAUUUGCGUACAAUACCGCUAAAUAGAUUACGUAUUGCCAGUUACACUUCGAGCGCCUGCUAUACCCUUGUAUCGUCUGAAUUUAUCCAAAGAGGCUUUUACUAAUUAUUCAGUUAUAUAAGUUUACAUUGAGCGGAUGUGCGUGCUAUCCUGUCGUUCGAUCUAUUUGAAGUGCCUAAAUGAAUUUUUAAGAUUGAAGUGAAUACACGAAAUCUGCAAAGAAACACUUGUAAAUAAUUUAGCGAGAAUGAAAAAUUCAUCAUUUCGAGAUAUCUCUAGGAGCAGGCCAAGGACACGCGCGCGUCUAAUAGCUUCUAAUUAUCUGUAUUCAUUACGGCAUUUGUACGAGUACGAAAUGCUUGG